AUGAACUUUACACUACCCAUGAUCUUGACCUUCACCAGGAGAUCAUCAGUUCUCGACCUCGUGAACUCAAAAGUGUUCUCAUCACGGAUUAUGGCAGUGUUUUGGCUGGGUCACAUAACAGAGACCACUCAUUCAUUGCCUGCACUACUGCAUCAGACCCGAUGUAUCCCCGACCCUUACCUUCAAGUGUCGUUUGAAUGUGCCUAUCAUACGGCUCUUCCUGCACCUGAACUUGGAGAUGACGAGGACACCGACACCAAGAUUGAUAAGAAGGUGGAUGCACAAGGCUACCGAAGCUUCCAGCGGGGGUGUGUCAAGUUCACUUGUCAUGAUGCUGCCCAUCUGAAAGUCAUCAAACUUGAAGCAGAAUCUGAUCAAAACACGGAUCUACAGGUAACAGGCUUUGUCGAAGCUAUCGCCAACAAAAAACGCGCAAUCGCCCCCUCCAGUCUCAUCGACAAAGUUCCAGCACUCCGGAUUGCCCCCGACAAUGGGUCGCUCAACGUUCUCCGAAUUGAGCUAAAAAAGGAUGCCAUCAUCAAGACUAUCGGAAUACACCCGCCUCAUGAAUUGGGCGAGCAGAACACCGCAUGGCUCCUCAUCUCUAGCCAUCUCAAGCAGUCACGUUCACUCAACGUCGUUCUCAAGACCUCAAAUGAGGACCUGGAGAACACGGCUUAUCGCAUGCGCCAAGCUUGGAUGGCAAUGAAAGACACGCCUGGUCCAUUCUAUCUGUUCCACAGCAAUCAUCCCGACAAUGGGCCCCGUGACCAGCGUCCAGUUGAAUUCCAUGCACCUCGGCAAGUUGGAUUCAUGCACGUUCACGAGUACAACACACAUUUCUGCCAUAAGUUGCUCAUAGGCCUUGAUAUCAAUGGGAAGGAGCGCAAACAGAUCUUCGCUGCUGGUCACGAGAUGUACAUGAAGCGCGAAGAGAUGAAGGGGCUCUGGGAUCUGUUGCUGAUGCAGCGAGCAAUUACCAGCAAGCUCAACCAAGGUCAGCGGGCGGCAUUUGACGGCCUGCGGGAAAUGCAUGCCUUGGCCGUUGCCAUUCGCGGACCCCCUGGUACGGGCAAGACAUAUUGGGCUUGCCAAAUCCUCGUUCCUCUUAUCGAGCACAGGAACAAGGAAACUGGAAAGCACCAUGUGAUUUAUGCCAUGUCUCCAACGAAUGAACAGGCGAACAAGUUUGCAGUGGAUAUCCACCUCGUUCUCAAGGAGAAAGUUCGGCGUAAGGACGAAAGACCAAUCACUGUCAUUCGACUUCUUCCGUGGCAUUUUGAAAACGCCAACGCCGGAACGGAUAGCGAGGAUACCCUCCGUACGAUUUGUCCGGCAGAUGCUGAUGUUUUGGCUCUGAUUUACGAUAUGAUUUUCCCCGGCACCGUUGCUACACUGAAUGACCGCGAGAAGGAAACUGAGAGAAUCGGAGAGUCCUCUUUCUCUCUUGUGAAUCAUAUGGCUCAAGAACUCGAGGCUGAUAGCAAAAGGAAAGAGGAAACGCGGAAGUGGGCAGCUCUAAAAGAGCAAAUCGAAGCAUUCAGAGUCGGCCUUAUGAGCACAGCGCAAACUGACUCGCUAAAGGAAGGCAUCAGAGAACUCCGGGACUUUGUGCUUAUGAGCGCUGAUGUCCUUGUAUCUACUCCGUACACUGCUUGCCAAGGUUACCUGCGGGAUCUCAUCAAGCCCAGCCACAUCGUUUGCGAUGAAGCUAAUCAGAUCUCAGAGCCUCGCCUUUGGCCUACUUUGGCCUGGUAUACUUCUGCCAACAAUCCAAGCUUCAAGGCCAUGGUUCUAAUGGGCGAUCUCCUGAUACCUCCAACGGUCCUGGCGCCAAAGGACAAAUGCCCGUUCCGGUCACAGCUGACGGUAUCGUUCUUCGAUCGAUUCAUUGCCAAUGGCCUCAGCCUUUCAGACUUGUAUCAACAACGCCGUAUGCACGAGGAUAUCGCAGCGGGGCACAAGCUGGCAUACUAUGGAAGCUGUCUUAGAACGCACAUAUCCACCAAUCAUAAUUCCAGUGUCCGCGCAAGAACUGUCCGUCAGCUUGACAAAUAUCUGUUCAAUCUGGAAUCUAAUGUGGUCGUUAUUGACAUCCCCGAGGGUGAACAGAAAUCGGACAACAGUGCUGGUGCUACGUCGAGCUACAACGAAGAAAAUGUUGAAGCUGUUGUGGCUGUGGUCGUCAAACUGCUCGAAUAUCAACCGGCUAAGAAAAGGGCCGCCUCUCAAUUCGAUGAUAUUUGCAUCUUGACCUUCUAUUCGGUUCAACAAAAGCUUCACCAGCAGGCAAUGAUGAAACUCCACGCGGAAAAGCCAGGCUUGGGAGCUGACAAGGUGAAAAUUGCCACUGUCGAUCGUUACCAAGGCCAUGAAGCGGACAUCAUUAUCCUGGACCUGGUGAUCGUUGACAAGCCCGGAUUCGCUGCAGCAGCAGGGCGUAUGAAUUCAGCUUUGACUCGUGCCAAAGCCGGUCUCUUUGUCGUUGCUUCCGUGAGGGCAACUGUCAAAGCAUGCAAGGAGAAUCAACCGAGAUGCAAGUUCAUGAAGGAAAUCUUUGACCACUGGGCCUCCAAGGAUAUCUGCCGUCGUCCUAAGUUCAUCAUCAAGCUCCUUGAAGAUUGGAAAGCGACUUGCCAACGGUAA